UCAAAUAAUCACUUUAAAAAAGGUCUCAGCUGGCCACGCCUGCCCGGGAGUGCCUAGCUGAGCAUCAGUGCCAUUGGCCCUCUGCGUUGGGUGGGGCCUGACUAGUGACUGCUUAGGCACCAUGCCUCGGAAAAGGAAACAUUGUCAGCGUUCAGCCCCCCCUCAGUUGGCUGAAGUCACUGCUCCAGAAGCCCCAGUCCUGGCCCGGGUUGGCUCACGGUGCCGCGCACAGCUGGGUCGCAGGACUAGGACGCCAAGCUACUUUCCCUUCAGCUUCCUGCCAGUAGACUGUCAGCUCCAUGUCUUCUCUUUCCUUUCUGAGGUGGAGAAGUGCACAGCUGCCUUGGUCUGUGAAGCCUGGAGCAAGCUGAUCCGCACCCCCAGGCUCUGGAGGGUGGCUGACUUCAUAAGACUUGGGGCCUUCCACUCAGGGAUGGAUUUGGUGCUGGUUUCUGCCAGAGAAUUUGAGAGGAGGAAAGAGGGGGUCCACCAGUAUGCCUAUCACCUGACCUCUCGUGGUGCUAGCCUGCUUGUCCUCCGGGCCAGCUUUGACCUGGGUGACCAGAAGACCAAAUGGGCUGACUUCCUUUCACGCUUUUUGGACAGUGUCCACUGUGGGGAGUUGCAGGAGCUGGAGCUCAACUGGACCUUGACGCACCUGGAACCGCCCGACUUCUACCCGUCCGGCAACGGCAGCAUGCUGCAGGUCAGCUUGAUCAAAAUGGAGCAGAUCAGCAACUUCCAGACCCUUCUGGAGAAGCUUAUCCAGAGGUCCCCAAAGCUCACCAGGAUGAAGCUGCCCUUUGACUGGUCUGCACACUCGGUUGCCAUGCUUACCCAGUUCCAGCAGCUUCACACCUUGGAGCUGAAAUACUUCGGGAGCUUCAAUGGGGUUUGCCCAGAGAUCAUGCGGGAUCUCGCCAAAGCCCUGCCCCACCUCAAGACUCUAAUCCUUCAUGUGCUGGUGCCAGUCAAAGACUUGGGCAUCUCCUAUUCCCUGGAAUCCAGAUCCCUGGAGUACUUGGAUGUGUCCCAGAGCCGCGGCCUGGUGUUCUAUCACCUCGACCUGCCCUCCUUGAGGGUGCUGAGGAUCAAGAAGACAGUUCGGGGCAUCAUCCUGAACCGGAGAACUAGGCUGGCUCUUCAGAGUCGCUGGUCCUGUCUGUACAGCUUGUUACGGAAUGGCACGCCCAGCCUCCGGGUGUUCAACAACCAGGUGCUGCUGCCGCACUGGCGGGAGCAGACAUACAAGGAGCUCAAUGCCUUGCUGCUGCAAUCGUGCUACUGUGUUCAGCACUCGGACACAUGGUUACUGUAAAGCUUGAUGGUGAAGGGAACAGCAAAGAGAACGUGGCCUCUCUUGUAUCUACUGGUGUCAGUGGAGGGGGUGGAUAGCACAGAGAGACCAUGUGUCUGCCUUGGGAGGGGCCAGAUAGCCUGUCUCUCGGGGCCGAGCAGUUGUCAGGUUUCAGGAGAGGAUGUGUCUAGGCCCAGAGCUGACUUAAAACGGGAGGCUGGCUGAGGAGUAUGUGAAGGGAAGGAGACUGCUUCUUGGCUACCAGGAGAGUAAAUGUUCUGUUCCCCAUCGCUGUUCCCUGCUUGUCGUUUGUAAGGACACCGUAUGCCAUAAAUGACGGUUCGUGCUGCUCACGGGGGGGAAGGGCCCUGACUCCUGCACACAGUAAAAUUACAGCCAAA